CUGACACUGAUCCUGACACAAACAGAGCAUUCACCACUGUAGAGAGCUCAGGCUACUGGAUGGAGAUUUGCUGUUGUUCAAAAUAAAAAUAAAGAAAGAAAACAACUUUGGACGUGUCUCCUUCAGCGUAAUAUAAAUAAUAAAGAUAAAUCAGCAGUAAAUUUCCAUCAGUGUAAAUAAGUCUUUUUUCCUCUUCUUUUUUUCGGUCUAGCGCUGAGAAAAACGUGUCGAUUAGAGGACUGUAAUAACUCUACGGAUCACAAUUCAGUUCACCAUAUCAUGAAGAGAGCAAUUUUACUCUUUCUGUUCCCGGUAUUCGUUAUCGGUGUGUUUGGUGAGUCAGUGUCAGUGAAGGAGGGAGAUUCAAUCACACUUCACACUGAUGCUACUAAAAUAAAGACAGACGAUGAAGUUGAAUGGAGGUUUAACUCCACUCGCAUAGCUAGAGUGACUGGGAACAAAGCUAUAUAUGAUAAUGAUGUGAAGUUCAAGGACAGACUACAGCUGGACAUUCAGACUGGAGAUCUCAAGAUCUCAAACUUCAGAAUCACAGACACUGGACUUUAUAAGUUUGAGAUCAACAGCCCCAGAGUAUCCUCAGAGAAGACAUUCAGUCUCAGUGGUGUGAGAGAUUCAGGAGUGAAGUCACUGUCAGUGCUGGUGGGAGAUUCAGUCUAUCUGCACUCUGGUGUCUCUGAAAUACAGAGAGAUGAUGUGAUACGAUGGAGGUUUGAACAUCUAAACACUCCUGUAGCUGAAAUCAGUAGAAAGGUUGGAAUCUUCAACACAUCUGAUGGACCUGAUGGGAGAUUCAGAGACAGACUACAGCUGGAAUAUUUGACUGGAUCUCUGACCAUCAAGAACAUUGGAACCAAUGACUCUGGAGUUUAUGAAGUUGAGAUUAGGAGUGGCAGCCGUGGAUACACCACACACAAGUCAUUCAAUGUGACUGUUAGUGAUGCAGGGAAGACAGUGUCAGUGAUUGAGGGAGAAACUGUUACUCUACUGACUGUUACUGAACUACAGAAAGACGAUCUAAUACAGUGGAUGUUUGGGGAGAUUGUCAUAGCUGAAAUCAAUAACGCAGAUCAACGAUUCUCCAUAUAUGAUGGUCUUGAUGGGAGAUUCAGAGACAGACUGAAGCUGGAUCAUCAGACUGGAUCUCUGACCAUCAACAACACCAAAACCAUAGACUCUGGACUUUAUGAACUGAAGAUCAUCAGCAGCAGACACAUCAUAAACAGGAGACUCACUGUUAUUGUCACUGGUCCAGGUCUGUCUCCAGCUGCUGUAGCAGGGAUUGUUGUUGGUGUUGUUGCUGUUGUUAUUCUGCUGGCUGUACCUGUGGCUGUACAUGUAGCUGCUGUUGUGAAUAACCAUCGCCGCAUGAUCGCUGAACUAGAAAGACAAAAGAAAAACUCAAACUUAACACAGUUUCUGCAGAUGUUAUGA